CGUUGAUUAAACCUCCCAGCCACCGCUUCUUCUUCUUCUUCUUCUUCUUCUUCUUCUUCUUGCUCCCCCUUCCACUUUCUUCCGCACACACCUUUACCGACUUGUUCCUUCAUCCGUACUCUGGCUUGAUACCUCGACAUCACCAUCGACAGCUCAUUCAGCAUUAUCACACGCAUCUUCGCUGCUUCAUCCUCUCGGUCUCCUCAUCCUCUCGCUCAUCAUAAACAAUCUCAUCACACUCCAACGCUCAUCCCGGUCACCAUGUCGGUGACAUUCGAGAUCAGCCUACCUUUCAAGACCGUUCUUGCCAUGCGCGAUAUCAAGGACGAGCUGGCUACGACGACCAAAGGCACCGUGAACACGGAGAUCGAGGACUUCCUCGCUGCUGAUGCCUGGCGUAUUGUAGCCAAGGCCGCAAAGGGGCUGGACAGCGACAUCAUUCCGGCAAAGGAGAGCGACGCGUACUCUGAGGAGUACUGCAGCUGUGACGACGACGUCAAGUAUGGCGUCGCUUACUCCAAGGCCAACGGCGACCACGAGCCCUACAACGUCACUGUGCCCAUCUUCGAUUGCCCCGACUCCCUUCACUGGAGCGCCAAGGACAAUUGGGAGACGUCAGAGUUGUUGAAGGUCACCAUUCAAGACGCGAUGCGUAAGGAGAAGAGGUUCGAGGUGGAAGACAGCACUACCUUCGCCCAGCUCACCCAAGCAUACGCCCAGCGCAUCGACUCGCCGAUGUGGUCACUCACUUUCAAAUAUAACGGGAGAGUGAUCCACAACGAGAGCCUGUGCACUCUGAAAGAUCUCUCGAUCCACAGCCACAGCGUGAUCGAAGUCCGUCCGUCGAUUGAUGAUGUCGUCCACAAGCACAUCACCGUCACGCUGCAGGACGAGACGGCCAAGUACGAGGAUUUGAGAUGUGCGGUCUCGGAUCAGGCCUGCGUCUGCGACCUGGGCGUUCUUUGGACCAAGCACACCGACGAAGACCCAAACGACUUCUACUUCGAGGUAGAUGGUGUGAGCUGGUUCACGACCGAUGAAGAGACCAUGCAAGAGCUCAACAUCGGUCAUGGCGACGUGGUGUGUGUGAAGUCGAAGGAAGUUGCGGAUGCGGACUGUGACUGGGGUGCCGUCGAUGCCGACAUGGAGGCGCGUCAGCGCUGCUCAAGCCCAGCAUCGGUUCGGUCUUCAGACGCGAACAACUGGGGGGCGCGCACCGUCAGCAAUGCGGGUUCGUGCGGCUUGCACAGGACUCCAAGUGGCUUCUUCGUCGUCCCCCCUACGACUUCCGCUGGCUGGACCGCCCCUCCCCCUACGCUUGCUCAUGGCGGCUGGGUGUCCGGUAACAAGGCUUCAAGUGAUUACUGGGCCAUCCCCCCUACCCCGGCUUCCAUUGGCGGGACCCACCCUCCCCAUGCGCUGGUUCAAGGUGGCUGGAUGCCCCAUAGCCGUUGGGGAAGCGAUAAGGGAUCUGUCCAGACCGUGAGCCUCCAUUCGGAUUCGGAGUGGGCGCAGAACACACCUUCUACCAGCCCUGGAGGUGCGGCGAGCUUCAUCGACGACGCGGACCAGAGCAGCGUCACUAGCGAGCCCAUCGCCUGUGCUGGCAGCCUCACCAUUCAUGUCAACGUUCCGAAGGGUGACCGAGUUCUGGUCGUCACCCAUUCUCAAGACACCCUUGAAGAGUUCUGGGAUCUGCUGUACCGGCAGGCCGGCAGUGCUGUGCUGGGAUGCAGCGAGCUGAGGUUCAUCGAUGGCGUUCAUGUCAUGGAAGAGCCCUCAAGCAUGCAGAGGUCGCUGUCCGAGCUCGGCGUCUCCGCGCGCACUGUCCUCGAGGCUAGCCGUCCUGACUGGUGAUUCUGUUGACGGAGAGACCCUCGAUAGCUCAACAUCGGGGUAGCCUUCGCGGUUCAAAUGAUUUCAGCACAACGAUUCGAGCUUCUUUGCUCUGGCGUGGUACGGUAAAAAGACGGCUACACGAACUUCUCCGAAUACAAUGGGUUCUCUGGGCUGCUCAGGUUCGAGCAUAGCAGGAUAAAUGCCCCCGAUUGAAAUAGAAGGGCGUGGUACAUAGCCAGGGUUAUCCAAGGACAUCGAAAGCAUCUAUCUCCCAG